AUGAGAAGUGAAACAUCUUAUACCAUCUUCAGCAGUCCCAAUUUUCAAAGCAGUUUUUCUGCCCAAAUCAGACCACAACAUAGCCUAGACUUGCAGUUGUUUGUGCAAUUUUUCUUAGGACUCCAUCAUAGGCUGCUCCUGUUGGUCUCUUAUUAUAUGCAGAACGCUGAACCAAAGCAUGCACAUUGGUCUGCUAAAGUGGAUAUUGGAGGCCAUAAUAUCAUCUGGUCUCCAACCAUGACAAAAAUUCUCUCGUGGAGUCAUUCUGCCAUGCAGCGACAUACAAAGUAUGCUAUUAUCAUCUGGGGCCUACCAAAGCCUUCGUCUUAG